AUUCUCUACACCCAACCAACGACGCCUGGCCGAGAAAACAUUCUUGAAUCAUGACAUCGAGAUCGAGAUCGAAGUCAAUUCUCCUUCGAGGUGGAAUCGUCCUGACCCACACGCCGGACGACCGUGUGAUUCCAUUGUACGACACCGACGUCCUCGUGGUGGGAAACAUCAUAUCUCGUAUCGACAAGGAUAUCCAGGUGCCUCCCUCCUCCGAGGCCGACACGGAAACGGUGGAUUGUCGCGGGAAAAUCGUAUCGCCUGGUUUCGUCGACACGCACCACCACCUGUGGCAGACGCAAUUGAAAGGGAGACAUGCCGACGAGGGUCUGGUGGCUUACAUGGUGUCGGGUAACGUACCGUCGUCGUCUUUUCGCCUCUUCUCUUUCCCUUGGUGCUUCUGGAGAGGGACCGAAGAUGAGACGACUCGCCGGGUGUCUGUUUGUCCAAAUCCUGACUCGCUAACUUUGAAGACGUUUCAUGGGUCUAGGUAAUAUGACUUCCUACGCUUAUACACCUUCAGACGUAUAUUGGGGGCAAUUGGCUGGUUGCCUAGAGGCCAUCAACUGUGGAACUACCUUGGUCCUAGAUCAUUCACACGUGGUGUAUACCCCCGAACAUGCAAACGCAGCAAUCUCGGCUACCACCGACUCAGGCAUCCGUUCCAUCUUUGCUUAUUCGGUUCCCAUGAGGAUGACCCUGUGGAAUCAAACCGAGUGUGUGCCGACCGAUGACCUUCUCCCGGAUUGGGCAAUGUCUCAACUCGGAGACUUGAUAGAACAACAUAAUGGGAAGCGAAAUGAGAAUGCGACGGUGGAAAUCGGGUUAGGAUUCGACCUCUGGUUCCUACCCAAGGAUAUGGUACUGGGACUGUUGAAUGACUUGGGGUCCAAGGGUCUCAGAAUCGUCACGACACAUGUCGGUCGAAAUGCACUUCAAGGUAGGAAGAAAAAAGCAAAGCACACAAAAAAUAUCGGAUACGUGAUGAAAACUGACACGGUACCCAAAGGUUUUCAAUCCAUGAUUCAGCUCUUUUCUUCCUAUGACCUUCUUCGACCACCUUUUCCACCAUCCGAGAUGUACACAGAAACCGGUGAUGCGAAACAACCAUUUUUGUUAUUGUCGCACUGCAAUGGCGUGGAGGAAAAAGACCUCUCGCUAGUCGCUUCAACGGGGACUCCCAUCUCCAGCACACCUGACACUGAGGCGCAAAUGGGCAUGGGUUGGCCCGUCGGACUGCACGGGAUACUUAGAGAUCGAAACCAGAACCGAGCACAAACACAACAACAGCCGACCAACACUUCUUUGGGAGUGGACUGCCACAGCAACAACCCUUCCAGCAUCGUCCUACAGGCCCGCUCACUGCUUCAGCUCGCACGGCUCGAGAACAACAACCGCAUCACCCCACGUGACGGCGGCCAGCUCAACUUCCCACGGGCAAACGUCCUUGGGUCGUCCGAGGAAGCGUACAACCUCAUGACCAUCCGCGGGGCGAGGUGUCUAGGGCUCGAAAGCGUGGUGGGCAGUAUAUCGCCGGGGAAGAAGGCGGACAUGGUCGUCUUCGACGCCGCCAACAGCGUAGGUAUGCUCGCGGCGGCAGAGCAUGAUCCGGUAACUGCGAUUGUGCGAUUCAGUGAGGCCGCCGAUAUAGAUGCCGUGAUCGUGAAUGGUGUAUUCAGAAAAAGACAUGGCAAAAUUGUGGAUAUAGAAGUGAGUGGUACUCUCGGAGAUGAGAGACACAAGACGACAACUAUGCCAUGGUCGGCCAUCGCUGGUGAGGUUCGCAAAUCCCGAAAGGACAUCCAGUCUCGUAUUGACGGGUUCAGUGUGGAGCGUGGAAGAGAUGUGUUGAUGAAUAUGUUUCAUGUGGAUGAGUCCAAGUUGGUGGACGCUACUUAGACAUAUAGUACGAAGGACAUGCCCAGGUCAGGGCCUGCGAUGACACUUGGUGAAGUAAGACUUCUGUUGUGCAGCCAAAAUCUGACCCGCGUCAACGGCCGAGAUCAGAUGUUGUAUGA